AUGAUGAAUGGAAGUGAAUGUUCUACACCACCUUUGGCUUUCCGCAAUCUGCAACAAUCACCGCCAGACAUAAACGAGCAAAUUAGGCGUAUCCUUUUCAACGGAGAUAAUGGUCAACAUUUUCAACAAAAUACUCAACAAAUGGCUCAUUCCAAUUCAUUCCCUUUAAGUUUAUGCUCAACUGUUGCAUGUUCUAGUAGUCAACAAACAGUACCACGCAUUCACCAUCAACAACAAAAUUCUCAUCAGCAUUAUCAACAAUCAUUCCCUGCCUUUAUGCCUAUGUCAAACUCAUUUUCGUUUUCACCAGGCUCUCAGCAGCAACAAAUAGUUGCUUAUACUCCGCCACUUUGGAGAGUUUCUUCACCACCUACAAUUCCUCCACAUUUGGGCCACUCUUCAAAACCACAAGCUUCUCCAAUGGCUCGUAAACUGGCUGCUGAGCUUGAUGAACUACGUCGUUCGGGUGCACUUUUAUCAAGUAGCGGAAUACAUCAUCAUCCACAAUAUUCUAGUUCAAGUCUUCCUAGGUCUAUACAUUCGAAGUCUAAUUCACUUGGCUUUUGCGCACCAAAGCUGGCCUAUCAACAACAACCGAAUAUUUACGGAGGUGAGUUAGUAUUGAGUAAAAUGAGGACAGCAAAGGAAGAUGAAAAUUUUUCAACCCUCCAAAAGUUAAAAAAAGGAUUAAGAAAUAGUUUCCGUGGUCGAGCACGAUCUUUCGACAAAGAUAAAGAGAAGUUAUCAAACCGGCGGUCCCGAUCUACGCCAAGUUUUGCUGGUGACAGAGAAACACAGUUAAUGUUAGAACCUGACGAAAAUCAAAGCGAUGACGAAAAUGCCUCUCGUUUCUCUUCAUCUGCAAGUAAUUCUCAACAAAAUGGCAGUAGAUUUAAUCAUAACAAAAAAGAAAAGCGAGUAAGACGACCACGUUCUACAUUACGUUCAUUCCUUGGUAAAUUUGCUCAUCGUGGAAAUUCUCUCCAGGAUUUAAGGCCAUCACCUCGUCUGCCUUCACCUAUUUCUUUUCUUAAUACAAAUGUACCAGUUCAAAAAAUUGAUUCAACAUUGAUUUGUUUAAAUCCUCAUAUUAAACAAUUUGUUGAAUGGGAUGGGCACAAAUGUACUCGGUGGCUUAUUGAAUGUGGAUUUGAUGGUUUCAUUUUUGAUGCUAUUCAUAGUGGGCGCCACUUAUUAAAUAUGUCGGACAAAGAUUUUGAGCGUGAUUUGGGAAUUAAAAGUGCUUUACAAAGAAAAAGAUUGAAAUGUUUGCUGACUAGAAUUGAGAAAAAAAUUGAUAAUGGUGAAAUCGAAGCUGUUGAUAGGCUUGACACUAAUCAGGUUAUGAUUUGGUUGGAUCUGAUAGGAUUGCCUCAAUUUAGAGAUCUUUUUGCCAGUUAUCGAAUGGAUGGCCGUUUGCUACUCGAAUUAUCAGCACAAGAUUUAUUAGAACUUGGAAUUCAUUCAGCAUUGAAUCACGCAUCAUUGGCAAGAGCCAUACAAUUUUUGCGAUCUGCAGAAUUUCAUCUUCACCGAAUGGAGGAGCAUUUCAAUACGGAUUCAUUGACCAGAACUUCUGUGCCUAAUGAAGUGGAACGUUGGAGUCAUGGUUGUACUCUUGGUUGGCUUUGUAGCAUUGAUCUUUCUGAGUUUACACAAAAUUUGGCCUUCUCCGGUAUCCACGGUGCAUUGCUUGUGUUAGAGCCUACAUUUACAUCAGAAUCACUCGCAGAAUUAUUACAAAUUCCAGUACAGAAAACUUUACUUCGACGUCAUUUAACAACACAAUUCAAUACCCUUCUUGGUCAAAAAGUACAAUUCAUUGUGUUAAUCAUUUAA